UCAGUUUCUCUAUAAAUUAGAAACGCGACAUACACCAGUCAACAGUUGUCAAGCGAAUGUGUACGAGUCAGUCCAAGUUCUAAGCUGAAAAAAUGGUGCUGAAGCAAGUAACCGUCUGCGUAAUAUUGUUGUAUUUGCUGUGUGCGCGUGCCGAAGCACAGCCCAUCGACAAUGAUUUGCAAAAAAUUAAUCAAGAAUUGGAUAAACUCAUACUCAAAUAUGAAUUGGGUUCCCCGUCAACGGAGGAUGAAAAAGAAUUAAAAAAAGAAGUGGGUAAUUUACAGACAGCCAGGAAUCUAGAGGAUGGUGGCAAUGAAGAAGAAAAGCGAAAAUCCCUUAGUGCAAAAAGUGAAGCUAUAAAAGCAUUCGAGUACUAUCUAAGCCGCAGAGAAGACUUAAAAGCAACGAUUUCUAGACUCUUAUCAUUGGCUGAGAACUUAAACGAUAGUUUGACUGCCAAUAACUUGAAGAGCGCUCUGAACCAUGGGAAUGGUUAUAAAGAGUUCGCCAUAAUGAAUGCUUUAGAACGCUUGACUGCCGUACAGAGUAACCCGACUAUUCCAAAUGAUCCGAAUCAAUAUCCGAAUCUAAAUCCGAAUCUAUAUCCGAACAGGCCAAAUGAUUUAAGUAGUUUGCUCGACAUUUUGUCAAAAUUCAUAGGACCUGGCGGCCAAUUGUUUUCACCUAAUGUUUAUAAUCAAAUAACUUGGGAUCCGUCGAAGAACAACGAUUUAAAUGACCAACUAAGAGAUUUGAUAAAGAAGUUAAACAAAAAGCUUGAUUCGUUUAAAAACCAGGAUAAUGAAGACUGGUCUGAGUGGUUUGAAUGGUUCGAUGAAUAAUGUGAAAAUGAAGUAACAGUUUUUGGUGAAUGCACGUGUAAGGUAACGCUCUCUUUGUACAACGAAUGCCAUCUUUUUGUUUUUGUUUACAUUCAAAUAUUUAAUCAACUAUACUAUUAUAUAUAUAUAUAUGAUACAAUAAUAAUAAAGCAAUU